ACAUUCUCACGUCUUGACCUCCCACAGACACUCAAGCAGAGCCGAGCAGUUUGGAUGAGUAACAGCCCGGUUCGCCUGACGCGGCAUGGAUGUGUCCUUCUGUCCUGAGCGGCGCGUUUCUUCCUUUGCCUCCCUGUGAGCUGCUGCUGCCUCUGCUGCUGGAUGCUACCCGCCCUCCCCCUGCCGCACUUGUUGCGCAGAGAGUGGAUGCGCCGCUGAGUCCUUGGAGAGGAGAGGCAGGGACGGACUGCAACAGGUGCACACACAGAAUCUCCUCCAACAAGGCUGCACCGGAGAUAAAACAAACUUUAAAUGCGGAUGUGAAGAUCUUCUGCUCGUAUCCAGCCCUCACCGUGCGCACAAAGCCAGGAUGCCGGUUCUAACGAGUCCCGACAUUGCCAACAAGUUUAAGGAGAAGUGGCUGGCGGUGUACCCGGACGAUCAGGUCACCGGGUCCGACUCGGUCCCCCUGGACGACAGCCUCACCAGCCUCCACUGGCUCCAGAAUUUCUCCAUCCUCAACGCGGAUCCGGAGCGACCCAACGGAGCCGGACCGGGCUGCCCGUCCUCCCAGCAGCACCUGUUUCUCAAACGUCUCGGCUUCCCUAGAGGAGGCACCGACUCUCCGUCCAGCCCGCCGGCCGGUGACACCGCCGCCACCGGGAUGCCUCUGUACCUCGGGAGCCCCGUCACCUCCGGCAGCGACUCCACCGCUGCGCCGCGGUUCGCCAAUUGCGCGCAUCCGGGGAACGGCUACCCGCAGCUCCCCAUCCAGGCCAGCCCGCCCGUGGAGGUCGACUACAAAACCAACCCUAAAGUCAAACCGCCCUAUUCCUACGCGUCUCUCAUCUGCAUGGCCAUGCAGGCCAGCAAGCAGCCCAAAGUGACUCUGUCCACCAUCUAUAACUGGAUAACGGAGAAUUUCUGCUAUUACAGACACGCGGAGCCCAGCUGGCAGAACUCCAUUCGUCACAACCUGUCCCUCAACAAGUGUUUCAAAAAGGUCCCCAGACAGAAGGACGAGCCGGGGAAGGGAGGCUUCUGGCAGAUUGAUCCGCAGUAUGCAGAUAUGUUCGUCAAUGGCAUUUUCAAACGCAGGAGGAUGUCUGCUAGCAGCUACAACGGCAGCAGCAGCAGCAGCAGCAGCAGCGGUGGCAACCACAGACAGAGCAAACUGGUUCAGGGUUAUCACAGCACCCAAAAUGGCUGCCCCUACCAAGGCAGCAAGCGGAAGCACCUGCCCUCUAAGAACAAGGCGAUGAGGGCGACUGAGUCCCCUCUUUUAGCGACAGAGGCCCACAAAGCCGACAUCCUCAGGGGGGACUUUGACCUGGCGUCCGUGUUCGACGACGUCCUCAGCGGGAACUGUAGCACCUUUGAGGAUUUGGACAUCAACACGGCGCUGAGCUCCCUUGGCUGCGAGAUGGAGGUGUCCCUGCAGGGGAGGCAGCACUCGGCGGGGCUGGGGAGGUGGUGCGGCGGAGGGGACGCCAUGGGUCCGAGCCAGCACCUUAACCACCACCAGUCCUACGGUUACAUGGAGCUGAGCGGAGCAGCCAUGGAUUGCACGGUCAACAUGGGAGAGCUCCACGUGCCGCUGCAGCAGCAGCAGCAUCCUCAGCAGCAGCUGGACCAGGAUCAGCUGCUCCAAAGCCACCACCACCUGCCGCAGUUUGACGAGCACUCAGCGCUGUUUUCAGAGCAGCCUGAGGAAACGGUGCUGCAGCCUUGGGAGGAAAUCAAAGAAGAGGCACAGGCCAUUCCUCUGACUCUGGAUCAGGGCUUUGGCCUGUGCGAAGGAUUCUUCACAGAGAUGCAGCCAUGGGAACGAGUGGAGGCCUAUCUGUGACCUUUGACCUCACUGACUCCUAAUUAUCUGCAUCCAAUGACCUGAACAUGUCUGAUUACUCAGACCUAUAUCACCCACACAAGGAUAAGUGGUUAGAACUACAACUACUACUUCUGCUUUCCCUCCAAUCAUUCUGCAAUACACAGCAUCUGUAAUUUAUUUUUCUGUUAAAACACAAACACAAUAAUGUCAAACCUUUCUUGAACUUGAACUGUGAAGUUAAUCAAGAUUUCCUUAACAAAAGACAUUGAUCUGACUAUAAAGAUUGUUGGACAACAUGAUUAGGGAUUAUUUCCUGGCACAGACUCCCUUUUCUUCCGGAGGGUGUCAGGUGAUUGACAGCGGUGCGUAACAUGACACAACACUGAUAUAUCAGGCACAAUGAAACGAUGAGAGAAACUUUUAUAAACCAAAUUAAAGUUUCAUGUGGACUGCCGGGGAUUAUCGCACUCUGUAGAAUGAAUGGCAGCAAAGGUUUUGACGAGACUACGUGCAGAAAACGGGGCAAACUUAUCCUUUAAGUUGGAUUUUUUUGGAACUAUCCCAGCUCAAAUGCCAGCUGGCAAUAAGAGAAUGUGUUCAAAUGAGUGCAGCUAUUUGUCGCUCUGGAGUUUUGACGAAAUGCAGACAGAAACAAAGCGAAGAAAACCCAACUCGCCUCCUUUCAAAGCACUCUCCACAAACAAGCACUGUCACUAUGGGACUGAGAAGACAUGCAGGAUUCUAUUUUGCUACAUUAGCAUUAAUUUUACUAACAUGCAGUGAAAUUAGCCAUUCAUCAAGUUACCAGAGCAGGACUUUAAACUCAUGGUCUGAGGUUAGAAAUCAGUCAUGUAUGACUCUGUUAUAUAGUCAAUUUAAUAUAUAUUCACUAAAGUAUAUAGCAUGAAGCUAGGCAGGAAUAUUUGCCAUUUGUAUACAGUUACAAGAGGAGCAGACCUGGAAAUUGUCAGUCAUGAAAAUCAAACAUUAUGCACUUUGAUAGGCAGCAGUUUUAGGAAAGUGAGACAGCUUUUAUUUCCAGGAUGUUUAGUUUGAUUUUUUUUUUAUCGUAUUAAGAUGUUUUCUAAGAGUUUACUGACCAUAAUGAAAGUGAUGCAUAUGCUGUAAUUGCCCAUAUCGGUUUGUUUUUGAACAAUUAAUUCAACAUUGCAAUAAGUCGACUGGGCAAUUUUUUCUUUCUUUGCUUAAAUAUUCUGUUUUUCUUUCUGAAUAUAUACAAAACUGGGUGUUUAUUGAUUAUAUUUCGCCAAAUUUGUUGAUAAGGAAUAUGCAGUUCAAUGGUGUUUCUGUGUUGAUUAGUAAGAAAAAAAAAUCUGUUUUCUGUCACUGGGUGAUGGAUUUGUCCUUAUUGAUUACUUUGGUGUACGUCUUUUUUUUUUAUUUGUAUUGUUUGCUCUCACAAAAAUUCUAAAUGUGUUUGAGAAUAUAAUAACUCUGUUGGUUUGAGGGGACAAAUGAUGAGCAGAUACACAAAACUCAACUCUUAAAGGCCAGAUUUUCUUAUUGUAUCAUAUUGAUCGAGUUUGAUACGAGCUCUAUAAUCUUAACUGUUAUUUUCAUUUGUACUUUUUUAAAGCUGUUUAAAAAUGCAAUCAUGCCUUGAUGCAAUAAAUGGUGUCAA